AUGCCUGUUCCUUUUCCCAAAUUCGAGUACAUCGACGAGACUCGAAGCCAGUCUCCUGACCUCGAAACGACCGAAAAUAAGGAACUCGAGCAUGAAGAAACCUCCUAUAUCCACAAUGAGCCCCGUAUCUUCAUCGAUUUGUUAGGUCAUACCUAUAGCGACAUGAAAUCCAACCAGGAACCGUAUUCCACCUACGCGAAGGUUAUUACAAUCCCACGCAAAGAGGCUCAAGAACCUGUGACCUUCACCUCAAGACACACGAUAACCCUUACCUCGAUGGCAACUUUAACUUCAUUUACCACUAUAUUCGAAACAAAGCAUAUAGGUCCUGUCGAUCCAUUGCCCAAGGUCACUUCUAAGAUCACUACCCAUAUUACAAUAACAGCAGUGGAAGAUGUUAAACCCCAUUCCACGGAAUCUGCUUGGACAAGUUGGUCAACCAUAUACCUCAACCCUCCGUCCCCUCCCAGCGUUGAUGAGAGCACUAAUCCAUCACUUUGGAGUACUGUUACUAUAAAUGAUACGAUACCGCCCAGCUCAACCUUGACUACAUUGUAUACUACUAGUCAAGAACAGCCAGAUCUACCAACAACUACAGAAGCUUCCUCUUCAAACGACUCUCUAACAACAGCCGGGGUAGUGGGUGUCGCUAUCGGUGUGUGCGUCGUCCUUGGUAUAAUAGGUUUUUCAAUGUAUCGCUAUCUAAAAUACUGUCGAAACCGAAACGGCACCAAUAUCCGCUUUAAUUUUCCCUACGGCGUGUCUCGAUUCUCGGAAACUUCGCGAUCAAAUCCAACUCCAUCGAACUGGACAGACAGUCGAGGGCUCAAGACUGUAUUUGCCCCCCAUCGCUCUACUGAGGCAAAUAUGCUUCUAACUACCGACACACGUUGCAUGUCUUUUGAUAUCGAUAAAGACGGAUAUAAUAAGGGUUUGAAGUACUAUAAAGGCGAAGCUUCUAGUUCGAGAAAUCCUGCAGAAUAG